AGUUACAACGCCAACAGGAUUCUUUCUCAGUGCCUUACACUACUUUUAAUCUAAUCAUGUACCGUCCAAUUCAUGUACAUCUCCGAAUUGUUUUUAUUCCCUUUGCCAGAUGUCAAUUUGUUAUUUGAAAAUGUAUACGACUGGCAUAUAAUUAAGCACACGGCAUAGCUUCCCUCGUCUCUCCCACCGUCUCACGAGGUCGCCAAUUUUGCCUUCGCUUUCUUCUCUCUCAUAUCUCUGUUGUCGCCUUCAAAAAGCCAACUCAACACGCCUAAUAUUGCUCAUAAAUCGCCUCCUCUAUCUGAAAACGUAAUUCUCUUGUGAAAAUGGCUGAUGCUAAGACCAAAUUUGAAUCUGUUAGAGAAUGGGUUGCAGAGCACAAGCUUAGAACCGUUGGGUGUCUAUGGCUUAGCGGUAUUGCGGGUUCAAUCGCAUAUAAUUGGUCUCAACCCAAUAUGAAAACCAGCGUCAGGAUCAUUCACGCUAGGUUGCACGCCCAGGCACUUACUCUGGCUGCAUUGGCUGGUGCUGCAGUGGUUGAGUAUUAUGAUCAUAAGAGUGGAGUAAAGGCUGAUCGGUAUGCAGCCUACAUCCCCCACAAGGACAGCAAAUGAUCAACAAGAGACUGCAUUUAGUUAGGCUAAAAACGUCUACAAUGAUGUGAUAAAUGGAUCCAAUAAGGCAUAUGUAUGUUGGGGGCAAGAGUUUUGACCCCUUAAAAUAUUUUUUCCCCUGUAAUUUACAUUGUUUUCUUAAGUACUAGCAUUUAGCACACUCAAUUGUGAGGAAAUGAAAUUAAGAAACCAAAUUCUUUUUUCAGCUAUGCAUAUUUGUGACAGAAUUAUGUUUUUUGGAAGAAAAAAAAGUGAAAUUAGAUGUUUGGUGUGAGUUGGAAGAAUAGAAU